CAUUGCAUUGGCGCAAGAAACCAACAGCUUGUAGUUGUAGCUAGCAGACCGAGCAAGCAAAGAUGGCUGCUAAACUUGGCGCCCUGAUCAUCACCUUGCUCGCGUUCCUCGGGUCCGUGGAGUGCCAGCAGGGCUCCGGCAUCCUUUGCCUGGGUGGUUGGGUUCGUCCCGUCCCAAUCCUGGGUGGCCUGAUCUGUCCCGGAGGCUUGAGACCGAGCCCUAAAAUUUUCAAGGGGCCGAGUCCUGCCCCCUCAGGGGCAGGUCUCAGGGUCGGCUACUACAAUUCGUGCCCCAACGCGGAGGACAUUGUGAGGAAGGUCGUGAGGGACGCCGUCGACAAAGAACCUGGCAUGGGCGCAGGGCUCAUUCGUCUCUUCUUCCACGACUGUUUCGUUCGGGGGUGUGAUGCUUCGGUUCUCCUCGUGAACUCGAGCGGCUCCAGCGACCCAUCGGAGAUGUUUGGCCCACCCAACAGAGAGAGCCUUCGCGGCUUCGGCGUGAUCGACGAGGCCAAGGCGGCGCUCGAGGCGGCCUGCCCCAACGUCGUGUCGUGCGCGGACAUCGUCGCCUUCGCCGCCCGCGACGCGUCCUCCUUCCUCAGCAACGGCAGGGUCAACUUCGCGAUGCCCGCCGGCCGCCUCGACGGGCGCGUGUCCCUCGCCUCCGAGACCACCGACCCCCUGCCCGGGCCCUUCUCCGACCUCGAGACGCUCAAGAACAGAUUCGCCGCCAAGGGGCUGAACACCAACGACAUGGUCACGCUCUCCGGCGCGCACACAAUCGGCCACGCCCGCUGCAUGUUCGUCUCCACCAGCCGUCCGGGCAUGAACGCCACCCUCGCCGGAGAGCUGCGCCAGAGGUGCGGCGGCGGCGGCGGUAACUCCUCGGUGAAACUGGACUACAAGACCCCUGACGUCCUGGACAGCCAAUACUUCCAGAACGUGAAGGACAACGCCGUGCUGCUGGACUCGGACGCCGCGCUCAGGGCGACAGAAACGGCGGCGCUGGUGGAUACCUACGCCGCCGGUCUAGGGAGCAGGUGGGAGAUGGAGUUCGCGGCGGCGAUGGUGAAGAUGGGCAACAUCGAGGUGAAGACAAGCCCCGGCGCGGACGCGGAGAUCAGGAAGAAGUGCUCGAUUUACAACUAGCUACCAUUAGAUUGGUGGCUGGGACGAUGCUCCUCAUAAAUAAUUAAUCCUGCUAGCUCCUCCCCGUAUUGCAACAGUCUGCCAUUUAUGUGAUUUAGCUGGAUCAGGAAUUUCUCACUCUAGCUGGUUGCUGCUCUCGGUGAAAUGUAAACUCGCUCGGUAAUGUAAGCUGGCGUCCCCCGCUGCUACAAAACUGCUCAUUGGUUUUUA